AUGUAUUGACAAAGUUCCGUAACAUACGCCCUGAUCUGUCGUUAAGAUUGUAUAACGAUGCAGAAAAAACUUCAAAGCGGGCUCCAGUCUGGCAUGUCCGCUGUGUCUGGAAUCCACAAAAACCGCAAGCCAAAUUAUGUAGCCGAGGACUUCGACGGACUUGCUGCAGUCACGCCGCAGGACUGGACACCGACCUCUUCUGAACAGAUUACAUAUCGUGGAAAAAAUGGAAGCGUCCAAGUACCCAACCUGUGCAUCGGAGCAUGGUCGUGGGGCGACACAGCAACAUGGCAUUGGGACGAUUCAGAAUUCCCAGCGCUGGAAAUGGCGUGGAAACAGCUCCUCGAGAAUGGCAUCAACUUUGUGGACACGGCUCAAGUAUAUGGCAACGGGAAGAGCGAGGAAAUUUGUGGCAAGCUGUUUUCUGGACUGCAGAGGGACACAUACAUCAUUCAGACAAAAUACUACGCGGUUCCGCAACUGACCGACGUUCUUCAUCCCGCCAGCUCACCAGUGCGAAAAUUGGAGAACAGCCUCGGGUCGUUGGGAUUGUCAUAUGUGGACAUCUAUCUAAUCGAUGGGCCCAUACACAUUCAGUCCAUUUCGUCAAUGGCCAAGGCUUUGGCCGAGUGUGUCGACAAAGGUCUUACCAAAUGCGUUGGUGUUGCGAACUACGACGAGAAGGACAUGCUCAAGAUGCGCGACGAGCUGGCAAAAUAUGACGUGCCACUGGCCACCAACCAAUGCGAGUAUUCGAUACUUCGGAGGAUGCCCGAAACCUCGGGAUUGUUGCAGGCGUGCAAAGAAAAUGACAUUGUGUUUCAAUCUUACUCUUCUCUGGCGCAGGGUCGCUUGACAGGGAAAUAUAAUACCAAAUACCCUCCACCAAAGCAGUACCGGUUUUCAAGUUACGAUAUGAAGGAUGUCGAGCCUAUACUGGCGAUACUGAAGAAUAUAGCGGACGCAAGAGGGAUCCCAAUCAGCGCGGUCGCACUUAACUACAACAUGUGCAAAGGUGCAACGCCAGUUGUAGGCGUGCGAAAACCGGAGCAGGUGCAGGACAACAUUGAAGCUUUUGGGUGGAGGCUUACGAAUACCGAGAUCCAGCGAAUUGAUUUGGUUAGCUUCGAAGGUCAUACUACGUCUCUCUGGCAGCAAGGAUAA